AUGCUCUUUAUCAUAGACUCACAGCUCGACCCUCGCAAGUCACUGUCGGCCCUGGAAACAGUGCGCAAAACGGCUUUCCAGCUCUCAGACCAACUCACAAAGGAAUACAUAUGGCAUCGAGAUGCAUUCAAUCUUGAGAGCAAGAGCCAAGAAGGUCUAUUGUAUCUUCAUGGUAUAACCGAUUAUGGAGACUCUGUAGAAGACGAGUGGCUGAUUGUUUACAUCCUCCGAGAGUUGACUAAACAGUUCUCAAAUCUCUGGGUCCGCGUCUUUGAUAGUGACGGAGAGUUUCUCCUCAUAGAAGCCGCCAAUGUCUUGCCCAAGUGGCUCAGCCCUGAAAGUGAUGCCAACCGAGUCUGGAUACAAGGAGGUCAGCUAAGGCUGCUACCGGCUGCUACGGAUUCAGGCCCGGCAAUGAGGAAUUUGAGAUUGCUUGACGCCGUGCAAUUUAUCAAGUCAACUCCCGAGUUGAUGGUCCACUCCGCAUUUGUCGAAGCUGAGGCAUUCUACCGACUAGACAAGUACCCCGACCAGAUACAGAAAAUGAUCCACUGCGCAAGAGUCAAGAUCCCCAGGAAAUUGGCGUAUAUUCUUCAUCGACGGCCAAAGGCCAUCGCCCCAGCUGUAGAGGCAUUCUACUUGCGAGACCCCCUCACCCUGAAGCCAUUAAUGUCAAAAGCUGUAGAGAAGCUUGUUUUCCCGCCGCUGGACUUUGUCACUGUCAGUGUGCGCUUCACUCGAGUUCUGUACGCACAGUUAAAGUCACAGAGAUUUGAGCCUCCACCCCCCUGGCAAAAUAUUAUGCGAUCAUCGGACCGAAACUCACCUUCAGGAGAUAGCGAUGACAAGGAUUUCUCAAUGCUUGACCUGGGUAUGAAAGUAGCUUGCGGUUUUGAGAUGCUUGCCGCCAGUGCCUCGAAGAGCAAGAGCCGAGUGGCCGUGGAAGUUGCCAUGCUACUCGAGGACCUGGAAGAGGACGGGGAUCAGGCCCUUCCAUCAGAUGUCGAGAUCAAAAGCUGGGAUGACGUCGAACGGGAUGACGAUGACUCCUGGAUGGACGUCAACUACGACGACUUUGAACAAGAGCUUGACGGCAAGAAGAAUCAGUCAGGAAAAUCAGCCUUUGGGGAUAGCACGGCUCAGGCGGAUCUGCGCAAGAUCGUAUCACGAUUUGAGGCUUUCUUGAACGAUGACCAAGCCGGUUUGGACGGGGCCGAGCUUGACGAAAUGGACGAAGAUGACGAUGAUGAUGAGGAUUAUGACGACAGUGAAAGCGAGGACCGAGAGGUGAGCUUUGAUGAGCAAGAGUUUGCUCGUAUGAUGAAGGAAAUGAUGGGUUUCCCAUCGACGGAAACAGACGCGAACAAGUCACGGACGAUGAAAGGAAAAGGCAAGGAGGUUAGCUUCGACAGCCGCAAAGACGCCGCUCAGGAUGAAGAGGAUGACGAAAUCCAAAAGCUGGCUGAAUUGAUGGAGAAAGAGCUCAACGAGCAUGGCGCUCUCAAUUUAGAUCCAACGCCGACUAAGCUGAGAGCCCUCAGGGACAAGGCAUCUGAAGUCUCUACGGGAGAGCCUUCAACCAAGGCAAUCGCACCUACGCAGCUCGACGAGGAGCAAGAUAGCGAUGCAGAAGAGGUGGAUGUAGACUAUAAUCUCGCGAAGAACCUCCUUGAGAGCUUCAAGAGUCAGGCUGGUGUUGCAGGCCCCGCAGGAAACAUCCUUGGCAUGAUGGGCCUUCGCCUCCCACGAGAUGAAGACGAUGAUCGCGAGGAUGAUGGCAAGAAGUAA